AGCGGUGCACGGUGCAGGUCUCAGUGCACUGCCAGGCAGCCCUCCCUGCCGCUGGCCCGCCGCCAGGCAGCAUUAAUAUAAUAAAGUGCCUGAUAAAGGGAAUCGGCUGACGGGUCACGCUUGCAUGUGCAGUUAGCCCUCUUUAGCCAACGGGGGAGCGGUAAUGGAGCAGGGGUUGCCGUCUCCUGAUUGUUUGCUUUAUCAGAAAAUUGAAAACCAGGAUGAACUGCUCAGAAGGGCUGUCACGACCAUGGAGGACUCAGGAGCCUAUCAAGAAACACAGAUGCUGCGGGAGAAAAGUGGAAAGUGAUGUACAGCCUCUGGGAGCUGCUAAUCCUUCCCGAGAGAGGCAGGAUGGCGGGUAAGGUGGGAGCAGGCAUGUUGCCUCCAGUUACAGGGGGCUGUUGCAGCAGAGGGAGGCCAAGGGUGAAGGGAAAGGGGGCACAGAGCAAGCAGGGCCCCUGGCUCUGGUGGUCCUGGUGUCCUGGGAAAACCAGGGCUGGGAGUUGGACACUGGAUGAGCAGGCGGAAGGGUUUGUCAGCACCAGCAGCCGGGAUCUGGUGACCCGGGGAGGGGCACGGACCCGUGGCUCAGCCACGAGCUGACCAAGCUCUGUGCUCUUCUUGCACCUCGCGGACUGCCCUUGCCACGUGCCGUGUUUGCUGGGUUUGGCUAAGAAAGGAGACUGCAAGGAGCCAGAUGUUUAAGAAAGUCACCUCAGCUAGAGCUCAGCAGCAUCUCCACCAAACUACUCAAACCCAAGCAGCCUCUAAAAGCCCCGUCCCAGCAGAUGUCCCCUCACCCUCCACAGGGGCACAGGACAGGUCAGCCGUGAUGUUCCCUGCAGGGACAGAGAUGCAGCAGCAGAGUUCAGCUGAGUCCCACAGGGCUGCCCAUCAGGGCCACCCUUUGCAGCCCUGGCAUGCAAUGAGUGUUCUGGGUUGCAUCCUUUGGCAGAGAAGUGCCAAAAAGUGCCUCGUUGGCAUGGAUGGUGCCCGUUCCUGCAGUGAAGCUGGCAACGGCAGGGCAAGAGGAAAAAGAUGGGGAAGGGAAGCACCUGGGGGCCAUGCCAUGAGCGGGCUGUGUGUGUGUGUGCUCAUCAGGGAUGCCAGAAAACAGGGGAGGCAGACGAGGGGUGGAGGGGAGAGAAAAAAUACGGAGUGAAGAAGAGUCAGAGAUUUCUAGGAAUGCUUCAUGCCCAGCCGCAGCCUCUCAAGUGGCAUUUCUCUGAAGCCCACCUGGCACCUCAGUGGUACAGCACACUCUGCCCCACACCGGCACAGAUCCUUCCCCUGCCUUGCUCAAAAAUUCCCCGGGGGAAACGCAGGCUUGGCACCCUUCAGAGGGAGGAGGGUGGGGAGAGCAGUCUCCUCCCAACCCUGUGCCCAUCAGCCACAUUUUCUGGCUCAGUGACCCGGGUGCUGUAGCCGUCAGCGUGCUGGUUCCCCAGCACCAUUUCCAGCCCCAGCACCUGGCAGGCUGUUGCUGCCCGAGCUCCUGGCAGCAUCGCCCAGCCGCUCUCAUCACCCAGCAGCGCUCUGCCGCGUGAGCAAGCUGCUGGCUGCCCAUAGCAGCGCAUGACCCAGCCGGUGGGGAGGCUCCUGCCCGCACUCCCAGUGUCCCCCAGCGUCCUGCCAUGGACAGGGGACCAAAGCCACCGCACCUAUAAAAAAAAAAAGCCUAGUGACACUGAUGCCCGGGUCCCCUUCUGACACAAGUGUCCAUGAAGGGCCCAUGCAUGGGCAUGGGGAGGGAAGGAGAAGGGGGCUUCUCCCUUCUGGAGCAGCUCCUGGGCACGGCAGGGAACCGGGAGCUGCCUGGGGCUGCACGUGCCACGCGGCUGGGGCAAAUCCUGCCGGCCAAGUACAGCACCUUGGUGUGCGGGCUUUGGGUUCAGAGCGGAUGCUUUCCCAUUUGGGGUGUUGAUCUCUGCCUGCUCAGAUUUGGGAGCGAGCGUGGCCACUGAGAAAGCAACUCGGGCUGGGUGUCAGCAGCUGUGCUCAGACCAACCCUGGUCGUCUUCACUGUCAUUAGGGUGUCACCGAACGUGGAGGACCAGCAAUGAGCCUGGCAGGGCCUGGGCAGAGGUCAGCGCUGGAUUGCCUUGGGCAGAGGGGGCUCCCAUGGCCAAAAUCCCCCGCCUGGGCUCCGAGGGCCCCACAGGUGCUGCGGUUGCCGUGGGGGGAUCUGGCAGCUGCGAGAUGCUCUUUGCAGGGUGACAGAGGUCCUGGCUGGCCUCAUACUGACGGCUCUGAAACACAGAAAUUGCAGUGUUUCAGUGCUGGGGAAACAGUGCAUUUCUGAGCACAGGGAGGAGAGAGAAAGUCCCCAUGUCCUGUCCCUGCUGUCACGGCCCUGCACCAUAACCCGCCGUGUUUGAGCCUGUCCCCAUCCCUGCUGGAGAGGGAGGUUUCUCUGCCCUUGUUACUCCUGUGGAAGUGUGGGGCACCUCUUUCCUCUCCCAGUUUCAGAUGCUAUUUGCAGCUUGUUUUUCUCUUGUGUCAUGUCUUGUUUACACCAGAUUACUCUCCUAUUCUUUCAGCUUCAGUAACUCCUCUCCUCUGCUGAGGGAGACGAUUUCCCAGGAAAAGCCACUUCUCUGGGCAGCGCCGGACACUUCUGAGAGUUUGCUCUGCUAAUUCCCUGCUCUUUGCAGCUUCUUAUCUGCUGCCAGAGGCACAGGCAGGGCCAUGCCUGCUCCUAAAUUCCCUUAGGCAAAAUCAUGACGCUCUGCCCUGAGCUGGGCACGCUCCCACACAGCCCUCAGAGGCUGGCACCAGUGUGCGGUGCCACCGACGGCAGUGACGGCUCCGCAAGCCUCUCUGCAGCCUUCCUCCCCCGAGCAUCAUCGCUGAGCUGGGACAGAGCCGGGCACCAAUCCGCUUCCCCCCAGCACACCGGGCCUUGGGCCAGGGAGGCCGUGGACCACGUUUCCCUCUGCUGCCAGCCCAUCUGCAGGGCCAUGGCCUGGAGAGGCCAGCCCAGGGACUUUCAAGGCUUUAAAGCUCUUUAUCUUAUACCAGGGAGGGAAAAAGCCUCUGGGGUGUUGGGGGAUCGAUUCCCAUGGUGGGCGCACCACUUCCUUGGUCUGGUACAAGCGCAUGGUCCCCACCUGCCACCUCCGUCCCCUGCACGGCCAUCCCCUGCUGCUGUCCCUUGGCUUUAUUCCACCAGACCACAGUGAAAGGGGGUCCCAUGUCCCCUCCAGACGUGCUGGGGACCGUGGCUAACACCAGGUGGGUCCCCUGCCCAGUGCCAGGCUGUGCCUGGCGGCCCGGAGCCGCGAUGUUUGCCCCCAGCUGUGCCCUGCCAGCCCUCACCCCCGGGCCAAGCCAGGUCCAGCGUCCAUCAAGCCAAAACGGUGGCUGCACCCACCUGGACCCACUUGGCUCUGCCCUCCAAGCUGCUGCCAGCCACCAAUGUCCCCACUUAACUGCUGCAAAAAGCACAGGUAAAUAUUUACUCCUCAGAGAAAGGGCUCUGUUUGCUUUCCUGGCAGCGGGGCUGCAGCGGGGCAGAGCUCUGAAGGGCUGGGUGCCUUCGCAGGAGCCAUGCGAGGCGUCGCUGUGCCUCUCAUGCUGUCCUCGCUGCCAGCAGGGCUGGCGUCGCUGCUCCCGCAAGGCAAGAGCCUCCGGGGGAGGAGGGGACCCUCGUCGGCCAGGUUCAGCCCCUCGCCGCAGCGCUGAGCUCAGCUUGGCAUCCUGCUAUGGGUAAGUUGGCUCAGUGCCUCGGUUUCCCCAUGGGGCUGUGCAGGCUGGAGGAGAUGGGUGAGCGGUGAUGCCCUGGCACGAGGAGGGUGCUUUGGGGUGCAGGACCCUCGGGGCAGGGGUCCCUGCACUGGAGACCCCUGAAUCCAGGCUGCUCCUCAUAUCCCGGCCGUGCGCGCUGGGGCUGAGCCCGGGUGCGAGCUGGCAGCACCGGCACGGGAGCCAAGCAGCCGUGCCCGGAUCCAUCUUCCAUGAAGGAGGCAGGUCUCCCUGCCCCUUCUCCAAAUCCCUGUCCCAUUCCCCGCAAGGUCUGCUUGAGUUCAGCCACCAGACGCUCUCCCAGCUCUGUCCUGCCCAACUCCACCAAACGCCUCGUGCACGGCGAGGAAGGUGCUGGGACCGGCCCAGCCCAGAGGUGGCACUGGGGUGGCACAGCCCUGUCGCGGUCACCUCACCUGGGCCAGGUGCCCCCGGACCUCUGGGUCCUGCCAGCCCCUCGCAGCACUGCCGUGGCGGAUGGACGGACGGACAGACGGACGGAGCCGCGGGGUGUGCGGGCGUGCAGGGGUCUGGAUUGGGAGCCGAGGUGCGGCGGGCUCGCAGUGCCCUCUUGCGUCGCAGGGAGCGGCAGCGCAGCGCCCAGCCUCCUCCCCCCGGACCCCGACCCCCCUUCCCAGCCCAGGCACAGCCUGCUCACGGAUGGCUUUUCCCUCCAGCGCAUCCCCGCCGCCUUCCCUCUUGCACGCGCGCCACGAUAGGGCCGCGGCCCCCACUGCCUCCCCUUCACCGUCUCCUCGCAAACUCCUAGAGGGAGGCUGGGGGAGGCUGGAGGACCUCGACCCUUGCAGAGCAAGGAGCAUCUUUUCUGCAGCGCUGCUUUCCAAGCAAGGAGCCAGCCUCUGCCAAAGCCAUGAAUCCCUAUGGCAACUGCUCCAGCCCCGAGUUCCCCCUGCCCCAGGGAGACUUUGCCGCGGAGCCCAUCAGCCCAGAUUUCUGCAACAGGACUCACCCGGGGGCCUUGUUCGACCCCAAGGAUGCCAACCUGACAGAGGAGCAGUUGCGGGAUAAGUACCUGGGGCCUCGGCGGUCCAGCUUCUUCGUCCCCGUCUGUGCUGUCUACCUGCUGAUCUUUGUGGUGGGGGCUGUAGGCAACACGCUCACCUGCGUCGUCAUCCUCCGGCACAGGUUCAUGAGGACGCCCACCAACUACUACCUGUUCAGCCUGGCCAUUUCCGACCUGCUCGUCCUCCUGCUGGGGAUGCCACUGGAGCUGUAUGACAUGUGGAGCAACUACCCUUUCCUCCUGGGUGCCAGCGGCUGCUAUUUCAAGACGCUGCUCUUUGAGGCUGUCUGCUUUGCCUCCAUCCUUAAUGUCACGGCCCUGAGUGUGGAGCGCUACAUCGCUGUGGUUCAUCCCCUCAAGGCCAAGUACGUAGUGACCAGAAACCAUGCCAAGAGGGUCAUCAUCACCAUCUGGGUCAUGUCGGUCAUCUGCUCCAUCCCCAACACCAGCCUCCAUGGGCUGCAGCCUCUCUAUGUGCCAGGCCGGGGGCGUGUGCCAGAUUCGGAGAUCUGUACCUUGGUGAAGCCACGCUUGACUUACAACCUUAUCAUCCAGAUCACCACCAUCCUCUUCUUCUUCCUGCCCAUGGGGACCAUCAGCAUCCUGUACUUGCUCAUUGGCCUGCAGCUCAAGAAAGAAAAGAUGCUCCAGGCCUUGGGAGCCAAGUCAGGGGGCGGCUAUGACUCCCACAACACUCGGGGGCAGAAGAAAGUCAAGAGGAGGCAGGUCACGAAGAUGCUGUUCGUGCUGGUGGUGGUGUUCGGGAUCUGCUGGGCGCCCUUCCACACCGACCGCCUCGUCUGGAGCUUCGUCUCCACCUGGACCAGCCACAUGCUCUACAUGUUCCAGUACGUCCACAUCAUCUCGGGCGUCUUCUUCUACCUGAGCUCAGCAGCCAACCCCAUUCUCUACAACCUGAUGUCCACCCGCUUCCGGGAGAUGUUCAAGGAGGUGAUGUGCCACCCUGGCCGCCGUGUGCUGGGCUCACAGAAAUACUCACCCAGCGUCACCCGCGUCACCACCCGCAGCACCGAGUGCGAGCACGUGCCUGGCACCAAUGGCCUGCCCCUCUCUGACGCCGAGGAGUACGAGAUGGAGGAGCUGGAGGCGGGCCAGGCCAGCACACAAAUGACGUCCCUCUGCUGAAGUGUAAGAGGACGCAGAGGGACCAGAACCAGCUUUCUCCACCACCAGCUUCCAUCUGCACUCAGCAUCGCUGUGGCAAGGCAGAGCCCUGUGGGGACCGGGGCAAGCGAGAGUGAUGGAAAGCCCCCGUCUCUUCGUGCCGUCCUGCUGGGAUUUGAACGCUGUCAGGCUGGUCUCCUCGACAUGGUGGCGCUGGCCAUCCCUCGCUGUGCUGCGCCCCGGUUACGUUGCACCCUCUGCUCUGGGCACCAGCCAAGGGUGGGCAGCUCUCAUGGCACUGGGACGGCUGCCUUCCUCAUUGCUGGGAUUUGCCAGCAACGCCCCCAAACCACCCCAGCACCCCCUGUCCUGGCAGAAUAAGCCUGUGGGCGCAGGUGGCAGGGCUGUCCCACGCCCCGGGCUGUUUUGGGAUAUCACGUUGGAUGGGUACCUGGAGAGGCGCUUGCACCCAGGCCAAGGCCUGCUGUGUUGGGAGAGGUUCACACCUGAUGGAGCUGGAAAAAAAGAGGCUUUCGGGUGCCUUUUUCCCUCGAUACCUUUCCAAGGCCCUCACACUGAUGUGCCCCUGAUUUUCUUGCACCUCCUGUUGGUCCUGCUGCAUGCAGGGAACCGGGUCUCAGCUUUAAGCAAAAGGCCAGGUUCUGCCUCUUGGUGUCCAGCCGCAGGGUUGGUUUAUGGCUCAUUUCUCCCAGCUUUCCUCCAGUAUCUCCAUUCCCAUGAGCGCAGGAGAAGGAAAACAGCCAUUCUCUCCUAAGCACAGGACUCCAGGAGCUGGAACUCACAGGAAAAAAUAACCCGAAGCAGGAGGACUGGCAGAGCUGAGCUCUGCCCCGUGGCUCCUCGUGAAUGCGAUUGCCCUGACCAGGAGCACCAGGCUGUUUCCAGGGUGGAGGAAUAUCCCUGUCCCUUCCCCGGGUGCCCUGUGAACAUGCCUGGCGUCCCUCCCCAGUGAACACUUGGCAGCCGAUGCGGAGUCUGUCUCGUGCCAUGGCUCUGCAAGAUCGCUUGUACUCCCGACAAAAGCAGGAGCCUUGCCUGGCGCUGGGCAGGUGGUGGGAUGCGUUUUGCCACCGGUGCAGGCUGACGCUGCAUGGUGCUGGCUCCCUCCUCUUCCUCAGCUCAGCAUGGCCUGCUGCGCCCCCGCUGCGGGGGGAGCGGGGAGCCCUCCUCCAUCUCCGGUGUGUGCAAGCUCAUCAUCACUCGAGAAUUAAACAUCAAAGCCGUU